AUGGAUCAGCAGCAGCAGCAAGGGCCCGACGCGGCGGCGGCCAGGCGGAUGGCCACGCUCGCCUCGCACCUGCGCCCGCACCCCGCCUCUCAACCUCAGGUGGAGGAUGUUCCCCUCCUGAGGGGAUCCAAUUGCCGUGCAAAAGGUGCGGCGCCAGGCUUCAAAGUCGCGAUCUUGGGUGCGGCAGGUGGGAUCGGGCAGCCACUCGCGCUAUUGAUGAAGAUGAACCCUCUUGUUUCGGUGCUCCAUCUAUAUGAUGUCGUCAAUGCACCUGGUGUCACAGCUGACAUCAGCCACAUGAACACUGGUGCUGUGGUGCGUGGCUUCUUGGGCCAGCCACAGUUGGAAAAUGCCCUGACUGGAAUGGAUCUUGUCAUAAUUCCUGCUGGUGUCCCUCGGAAACCUGGGAUGACAAGGGAUGAUUUGUUCAACAUAAAUGCUGGAAUAGUCCGUACCCUGUGUGAAGGAAUUGCAAAAUGCUGCCCCAAUGCAAUUGUGAAUGUGAUCAGUAAUCCUGUCAACUCUACCGUUCCAAUUGCUGCUGAAGUUUUCAAGAAAGCUGGAACUUAUGACCCUAAGCGUCUUUUGGGUGUGACCACUCUUGAUGUAGUGAGAGCAAAUACUUUUGUGGGAGAGGUUCUUGGACUUGACCCCAGAGAGGCUAAAGCUGGAGCAGGAUCAGCAACUCUUUCAAUGGCCUAUGCAGCUGCCAAAUUUGCAGAUGCUUGCCUGAGAGGAUUGUGUGGUGAUGCUGGGAUAGUAGAGUGCUCUUAUGUAGCUUCUCAGGUCACAGAGUUGCCUUUCUUUGCAUCCAAAGUGCGGUUAGGGCGAUGUGGCAUUGAGGAGAUCCUACCACUUGGACCAUUAAAUGAGUUUGAGAGAGCUGGUCUGGAGAAGGCAAAGAAAGAGCUGGUCGAGAGUAUCCAGAAGGGUGUCUCUUUCAUCAACAAGUGA